UGACAAAUAUAUUGACUGACUGGGAAGUUCCUAUAGACGGUCAGGAUUAACGGAAGAGGUCUAUCUCUGGUUAGGCGCUUUGGUGAUGUAGUUCACUUCCCAACCGCAAAUUCGUAUUCUUUAUUUUCCUCGAGCAUUCCAAAGAAAAGAAUAACAUUGCGACUGUUAUAAAAUCCAAAUUGUCCCAUACUUUGUUUCUGGGUUAUUUUUAACGAAGAUCAUGGCAACUGUUCUUGACUCCCAUUUCUUGGCUCUUACCGCCAUUGUCACUGCGGGUUAUCAGUUCUUCUUCUUCAUAAUCACUGCACUUCUUAAGUUUGAUAAAGUUACUGACUUUGCAGGAAGUACGAAUUUUAUUAUACUUGCAGUACUGACUUUAGUUGUGAGAGGAACAUGGCAUUUUAGACAGGUUAUUUUAUCUUUGCUAGUGAUAGUAUGGGGUAUUCGGCUGGCAAUUUUCCUCUUGAUGAGGAUAUUGCAGUGGGGAGAAGAUAGAAGGUUUGAUGAGAUGCGUGAUAAUUUAGGAAAAUUGGCAUUUUUCUGGAUGUUUCAGGCAGUGUGGGUGUGGGCUGUGAGCUUACCUUUGACGGUUGUUAAUGCAAGCGACAAAGAUCCAUCUCUUAAAGCUGCAGAUAUAAUUGGCUGGAUAAUGUGGUCUAUUGGCAUUAUAUCUGAAGCUACAGCUGACCAACAGAAGUUGACAUUUAAAAAUUCUCCAGAAAAUAGAGGGAAGUGGUGCAAUAUUGGCCUCUGGAAGUAUUCUCGUCACCCAAAUUAUUUUGGAGAGUUAUUUCUAUGGUGGGGAAUAUUCAUAGCUUCCACCCCUAUUUUGAAUGGUGCUGAGUGGCUUGUCAUCCUAGGUCCAAUAUUUCUGACUCUGUUGCUUCUUUUUGUUAGUGGCAUACCAUUACUCGAGGUAUCAGCAGAUAAGAAAUUUGGAAACGUGGAUGCCUAUAGGAUGUAUAAAGAGACUACAAGCCCUCUCAUUCCGUUGCCUCCCGUGGUAUAUGGGAAGCUGCCUUCAUGGAUCAAAAAAGUUUUUCUCUUCGAGUUUCCUCUAUACAGUAAAACUCUUCCACAAGGUGAGCUGAGCUGAUCAAACAGCGGAGGAAGUAGGGAAGGAAUGAAGCUUGGUUAAGUGGUUGUUCACGUGGAAUCUACAGCAGCUACACUGGUCUUCUGUAUCUUUUGUUCAUUCUAAACUUAAUACAUCUGCACAUAAACUAAGAGUCACCAUUUAUAGUUGUGUAUUCUUUCCUCCGAAGUAUUUAGUAUACAAGUGAUUGUCUUUGAUGAUAACUUAUGUACAUUGGGUUGUAUCACGAGAAUUUCAAUUCUUCCAGUGGAGCUGGGUUAAUUUAUUUUAAAUAUGUUUAUAGUA